CGAUAUAAACUCGACUCAGUCGUCCAUCGUCCCCAGCUCGCAAACACCAGCAAGUCCAAACCAAAGCCUUUCUUGGCAUCGGCAUCUUCCGUCGCUCUCCUGACCAACUUUCUCGAGUUCCAGUUUCGAUCGAUUGCUUUCGAACCUGACGAAUUCGGCCAAAUGGGCAUCAUAAGGAGCAGCUUCUCGUUCCUCUUGGGGACUGCGGCCGGCGUUUACGCCGCCCAGAACUACAACGUCCCGAACAUCAAGAACCUGGCCAGAACCUACUUCGUCAGGGCCAAGCAAGUCGAAGAGACGUAUCGCAAGCCCAGCAACAAGAGGGAGGACGAGGAUUGAGUUCGCGAAAUCGACCCCCCACUUUCUUUCCUGCAGUUUCGUCGAGGUUCCAACAUCUGCAAUGAAAUGAACACGCUGGCAAUAGCUAUGAUGAAUCUACUCUUUUUUGGCUAAAGAUGGAAGGAGUUGCCUAGUACACAUUCAUUAUACCAAUUGCAGGAUCAAUGAGGUUAGCUCAAUUGGAGGAAGGAUAUGGCCAUAGUCUCCCUCACAGCCUUUCGCUGUGGACGUAUGCUC